GCCGCCGGGGAGGGGGGAGGCCGCGGCUGCAGUCGUCAUGGCAACGAGGACGCGCCGGCCUCGGAGGCCGCGCCAAGCUGAGCUCCGCGCGCGCUCCUGGCCUGGACAUGGGCGAAUGCGUGGGGGCUCCCGUGGGUGGGGCGCUGGCUGGCGAAAGGGCCACCGCCACGGCGAGUAAGGUGAGACGAGAACACGGCAUUUCCUUUAAGGAAUGAAAAUGAACUAUGGUUUAUUAUUGCAGCAUUGUCACACCUUCCCAACAGCUGUGCUCAGGUGGAGAGCUUUUUGUCACCCUUAUCCAGUUCCCUAAAGCUGAUAUGGGAACCCCUGUGGAAGUGGGACCUCACAAUUCAUCUCAGCCAACUGAAACUUCACAACAGUUGCAGGCCUAUGUGGCCUGGGUGAAUUCGCAGCUGAAGAAGAAGCCGGCCAUUAAGCCCGUGCAGGACCUGAGGCAGGAUCUCCGAGAUGGGGUCGUCCUGGCUUCGCUCAUCGAGAUCGUCGCUGGAGAGAAGCUGAGUGGGGUGCAGGUGAGUCCCACCAGCCAGCAGGAAAUGAGGGAGAAUGUGGAGAAAGUCCUGCAGUUUGUGGCGUCCAAAAAGAUCCGUAUGCACCAGACAUCGGCCAAAGACAUCGUUGACGGGAACCUGAAAUCCAUCAUGAGGUUAAUCCUCGCCUUAGCUGCUCACUUUAAACCUGGCUCAAGCAAAGCUGCCUACCCGGCCCCAUCCAGCACGAUGGGAAGGAGCUCAGCAGGGACAGCAAACUCCCCCGCCCAUCACAGGCCCCAUUCAGCGGCUGCAGUUGCCCAAGACGCAGUGGCCGCCCUGGCUGAUGUUCGCCAGGAUGUCUCGCGCUCAGGGCGGGAUGUUUUCCGACACAGGCACAGGGACAGCAGCCUGGAUGAGGAGAUCGAGCAUCCAUACUGGAGUGUCCGUGCCCUUGUGCAGCAAUAUGAAGGACAGCCAAGUGUGCCUUCAGAAUCCCACCCUUCCAGCCUCACAUCGCCCAGCCCCGUAAACAGCGCCAAGAGUGAGUCCAGCGCUACCCCUUCAGAGAAGAAGGCAGGAUUUGACACUGUCCAUGAAGAAGAAGCGGAGACUAGAACAGAAGAGACGGGCUCUCCCUGCGCCCCGGAGUGGCCGGCCAGGUGCCCCGCGGCCAGCUUGGAAACCUCCUGGGAGGAGCAGCUCCUGGAGCAGCAAGAUCACUUGGAGAAGGAGAUGGAGGAAGCCAAGAAGAUGAUCUCAGGCCUCCAGGCCUUGCUGCUGAACGGGUCUCUACCUGAAGACGAGCAAGAAAGGCUGUUUGUCCUUUGCGAACAGGAGGCCUGCCCCGAAGAGCAGCUGAUCAUCAUCCGCAGCCGGCUGGACCAGAGCAUGGAGGAGAAUCAGGAGCUCAAGAAGGAGCUGCAGAAGCACAAGCAGGAAGCCCGGAACCUCCAGGGAGUCAAGGACGCCUUGCAGCAGCGGCUGGCCCAGCAGGACGCUCUGAUGCUUCAGAUCAAGCAAGAGCUGCUGAGAGCGAACAUGGACAAGGAGGAACUGCACAGCCAGAACGCUGAUCUACAGAGGAAGGUUGAAGAGAGGAACCGGCUCCUGGCGGAAUACAAAAAGGAGCUGGGCCAGAAGGAUCGGCACCUGCACCAGCACCAGGCCAAGAUGGAGGAGAUGCUGCGGCAGCUCUCGGAGGCCAGCUACCAGCAGGCAGACUUGGAGCGAGAGCUGGAGCACAAAGGAGCCCUGCUGGCCCAGUGCAUGAAGAAGGACGCCGAGGAGCAGCAGAUGAUCGUCUACAGCCACCACGGCUCUCAGAGCAACGGCUUCCUCCAGCCGUCAGGGAAAGGAGCGACGCCUGCAGCACACAAAGGAACCAACGACCUGCAGCUGGUCCGGGAGGCUCUGCGCAGUUUGAGGAACAGCUUCAGCGGCCACGAUCCCCAGCACCACACCAUUGACAGCCUGGAGCAGGGCAUCUCCAGCCUGAUGGAGAGGCUGCACCGUAUGGAGAUGCAGAAGAGGCAGGAGAGAAGGGUCCGAGGGAAGUCUCCUUCCAGCCACGCCACCAACGACUACCGGGACUCCUGGCCCUCCAAUUCCAAACUGCCUCAUUCUCACAGCAGCCCCGUGAUGAGCAGCAGUGCCUGCACCAAAGUGCUCUACUUCACGGAUCGCUCCCUCACUCCUUUCAUGGUCAACAUACCAAAGAGGUUAGGCGAGGUCACUCUGAAGGACUUUAAAGCAGCUAUUGAUCGCGAGGGGACGCAUCGGUACCACUUCAAGGCCCUGGACCCAGAAUUUGGCACAGUGAAAGAGGAGGUUUUCCACGACGAUGACAUUAUCCCUGGAUGGGAGGGGAAAAUCGUGGCCUGGGUGGAAGAGGACCACGGUGAGAACUGAUCGGACACCUGAACUCUCUUGGCCACAAAGCUCUGCUGCUGGCUGCACUGCUGGUCAGAUACUGGCCAAAAAAAGCGCAGGAACCAGGAUGCAUCGGAGUCCGAAUGCCAAAAGCAAAGAGACGGACAUGACUGCAAAAUGACGGGUAUGACGUUUUGCCACAUGCAAAAAUGUCUGGCACUUGAGUUCCAUGGCCAAAUAUUGUGACGUUCAAAAAUCCCACGCUGUGAGGAAUGGACCAGCUCCGUGAUUCAGUCAGUGUCGGCCUUAAUGAUAUGUUACCCCCACCCCCCGCUUUUCGUUUCUGCUGCUGUCUGUAGUCUGGAUAACUUUUGAUGGUGGUAUACAGUAUUACAAGUAACCUUGCACUGAUGGCUGAAACUAAAACCUGGGUCCUCUAGAGGCAGGCUGUGCUGUGGCAGCUGCCUUCCUCUCCCAGAAGCUCUUGCCAGCCGAUCAUUCCAAAGGGCUCUGUGCCUGACAUUCCCUGCAGCAACGCCCUCUCAGUUCUUUCAGCACCUGAAGCCCAACAGAACCUUCACUGGCAGAAGACAAGCUUGGCUCGACUGGGUGGUCCCAACUGAAGAUUGUCAGCCUGGCAGCAUCAGGGUGGACUUCUGCUUCUGUGGUUUUGCUUUACUGUCCUACGGCUCUUGAGGAAUUUGAAACAGUGGUUGGUUUGUUGUGGGGUGUGGGUCCUCGCCCUUUUCCGCAAUACCCUUGUCAACCUCUUGCUUUCCUUGUGUGCUUCUCAGACCUGUAAAAUUACUUCUCCAGGGUUCAAGUGGCAGAAUAGUGUCCUGUCUCUCUGGAUGCUGUUGGAUGAGCGGUAGAAACAAAACGAGACCCAAACAGGAGGAGAAUGUAGGGUUGACUUCUGGAGUGGUGGCCUCCCUCCCUCCCGCCCUCUCGCAGCUCAGGAUGAAUUCACAGCAUUGCUUUGCUUCCAUAGCUGGCUGAGCCCUUUCCCAGUCACACUCGGCAGAGACCCUCACGGGACUGACUGUCCCAGCUGCCAUCAAAUGAUAUUUAUUUGAAGUUGGUGACUGGACACUGGAAUGCGUCUCGAGCCCUUGCUGAUCCACCAGUUCCAUGUGGGUCUUAUCACAGGGUUUCUGUUGGGGGAGAGGGGUGACUGGAUGAAGCCCGCUUCAGAAGAGGAGCAAGACCUGAGACGCUUGUCACCCCGGCCUGCGCGACUGUCCUUUCCCCUGCUGCCCAUAGUGGUUCCCCUGCUUAUGGUGAAUGGGUUGCUCCCUGCAACAGAACCUCCCGUUUGGCCUACUGCCAUCCACCCUGGAAGCAGUUCUGGUGGCGUACACAACUGACAGCUUCUGCUUUUGUGGAGCCAGCCGGCCUGGUGUCUUAGCCGCUGAAGAUGCCAGCUAACAGUUGUGUGAGCUGGCUGUCAAGAUACCUCUCACUCUCCCCGUGACUAGUCCCAAAUCUAUAGCAUAGUGAAAUUUUGGACAGCGAUGGCUGCAAUAAGAUACAGCAUCUGCUCACGGAAAGUCCAGACUGGUCCCCUGGUGGGCUGCCAGUGGUAGCCCACCCAGCAGGUAUCUCAGGGUGAGAGCAGUCAGGCCUGGAGAAGCGCACCACUUGGUCCUUUUUCUGUUCUUCUUGUGUUUCCGCUUCUGCCUCCACCACGCUGAACUGGGUGUGCAGGAGUGUCUUUGCUCACACGCCCUGCUCAGUCUCACACAGCUGAAGAGCCGAUGCGUCUCUGACUUGGUUCUGCACCCUGGAGUGUCCCGCCAGCCCUGCCCCACACUGCUUUGUCUCUCCCCACAUCACAGCCGUCCACUUUGAGGACCAGGCUGCAGGCCUGCAUGUCUUUGGUGCAUGUAUCCGGCACUCUGAAGGAAUGUGUGUGUGUCAGCCUGUCUGUGUCUUUUUUUGUGUGUGAGGCUGAAAGUUUGAAGGAAAACAUGGGUUUUAUCAUUUUACAGAUUUAAACGUAUCCUUUUGUAUACUUGUUCCUGUUUUUUGGAAUUAUUUUGUAUCUGUUUUAUGUCGUUGUCAUUUAAGGACAGUGUCUAUUUUUAUACCAGUGCUUUUUUCUGUAUAUUUCUGCGUGCACGCUGUACUGUAUUUUACUCAUUUUUCUAGAGGAUGCUAAUAUGUUUUGUAUGGCAUCCUGUUAAUGCCACCUAAAAUGGCUCCCAUAACUAACUUUAUCUGAUUAUGAGGGCAUGGCAGGUUCCUAAUAAGUUUUCAUUUUGCCAGCAAUUUCUUAAAUGGAAAGUAUUUAUUCAUUGUUUGUCUUACCACACCCUCAGUGUUCAGAAAGAGCAGCUGUGCCUUUCUAACUGCACUUGUAAGAAUCCAUGUUGUUGAUGCUUAGCAUUCAGAGUGCACUCUUUCUGCAACUGCAAAGCAGCAGCUGCAAAGCUGGCUUUUGGGGGGGAAACAUUUAUUCAUAAGUUUGGGGAAAGGUUACAGGGUUCUCCCGAUAAAGAAACACUCCCCCCCCGCCCGCCUUUCAUAGAGUUACUGGUUUCUUUGUUGCAUGCAUUUUACUAGGUAUCAAAAAGAUCGCAUGGAGUUAUCUUUAUUAAAAAGAAAAGAGAACCAUCUUGUUUAUUUUGGCCCUUUAAGGUCAGACUUCUGCCUGCUUUCCAAUAACAUAUUUCACUGACACAGAAUUCUCCCUUCAUGGUUUAAGCCAGAAAUGUCGCCGUGCUGGGGAGGAGAGGAAGGGGGAAAGAGUACACUCAGACUUGCUGUGAUGUCCUCUCAAGAAAGAUUUAAGCUCUUUAGCUGCAACCCUGCAGGCUGUUGGGCUGCUGAAAUCCCACUGACUUCAGUGAGGUUUGCUUUUCCUAAGUGUAGGAUUGCAGCACUUUUUUGUGUGUGAUUAACACUGAAGUGCCAGCUUUCAAAUAUUUCCCAAUAACGGACCCCAUUCCUCCUUCAGAAGUGUUGUGAUUUCUAUACAACACCCCAGCUAGCUUGCCUUUGUUCCUGCAAUGAUACCAGUUAGGUUAAGUCAUUCUUUCUCCCCCGGGAACCUAGAGGAGGAGGACCCAGGCAUCCCUAAAUAAUGAUUUAUCAGCACUUUCACCAGACUACAGUUCCCAGGAUUCUUUAGGGGAAACCACAAUGCAAUGCUUAGAUUGGUUAAAAUUCCAUGUUAUGUUUGUCGCAUAGAUAUGCCCUGAGUUGAAUUAUCUUGCUGUAAAGGUGCAAAAUACGCCUGGGAAAUGACUCCAACUCAUUCACAGAAUAAGAAGUAACAAUAUUAAAGAUGGGGUGAGGGGGCAAUUUUCCUUUUACCAGCUCAUCCUGCCCCUUGGUAUCUUUAUACCUGAUUUCUACACAAACACUCUGAGGUUGUUAUGGUUCCUGUUGAAAUAAUUUUUCUUCUUGCUUCUCAUCCUUGUAGCAUGAAUCAUGCAAGCUGCAUAUAAAAUACUUUAUCUUCUACAGAAAUGCUGAGGUUUGCAAUCAUUACUAUUCCAACAAGGAUUACUCUCCAGCUCUUUGUACACGGGCCAAGAGAGACCUGGAGCUUAUUUGUGUGCUGUAACUGUUGGGACAUGCUUUGAAUUUAUGGACCAAGACUUUCAAUGGGAUUUUUAAAAAAGCUGUUCAAUAAAAAGAGAGUUUGUAAACAGA